AAAAGAAGAAAAGGAAGUUCAUGUACGACCGCUCACCCCAUUUAAAAAUUCUCCGCCCGACUCUUAUUUUCUUCUUUGCUUCGUCUCCUUCUCAUAGAUCCUCUCCCUGCAAGAGAAAAAUCUCUAGGGUUUCUUUUAACCCCAGAAUCCUUAAUGAGAACCAGUUACCUGAGUUGAAUCGGAAGAAUCGGUCACUUAGUUGGGCUGGGGAAGAAGAGGAGAAACGGAGGAGAUCGGGUAGAGGUUUCAUUCGAUAUGGAAAGGUACUGAAAUCUAGGGUUUUUGAGGGCCCCUCCGGUUUGGGAAAAAGGAGGGCCCGAGAGAGAUAUAUACACAGAGAGAUUGGUGUAUAGACCCUGAUAGAGGGGGAGAGAGAGGAAAUGAAGGACUUGCUCGGGAGCCCUGGCACGAUAAGUGGGCUGCUGCUGAGGAUAUGGCAGUGUCUGUUUGCAGCGGCGUCGAUUGUCGCCAUGGUUUCUGGUCUUGGUUUUUCGAGCUUCACUGCUUUCUGCUAUUUGAUUGCUUCAAUGGGGCUGCAAGUUCUGUGGAGCUUUGGACUCGCGUGUCUUGAUGUCUAUGCUUUGAGGAUUAAGAGAGACCUUCAAAAUCCUGUCUUAGUGAGCCUUUUUGUGGUUGGAGAUUGGGUGACGUCAACACUAUCGCUUGCAGCGGCAUGCUCGUCGGCAGGAGUGGUGGUUUUGUUCACAAGGGACAUAGACUACUGCAAGUCAGAAGGCCUUCCGUGUGGCAAGUUCCAAAUCUCGAUCGCUUUAGCUUUCAUAACUUGGCUAUUCAUUGCGAUAUCUUCUCUGGUCAUGUUUUGGCUCUUGGCUUCUGUUUAAUGACACCUACAAGCUCCACGCUUCUUACCGCGUCUCUUCUCUCAUUGUAUAUGCUGUCUGUAACAUGGUCUUAUUUUUUUCAGUAUGGCGAAAAACCCCUCGUGAAUCUGGAAAUCCUGGCGUGCAUGUAUGCAUGCAUGGUUCAAUUAGAAUUGACUGGCCCUGAGAAGGAGAAAUGAUUUAAAAGAAAAGUGAAAAAAAAAUAAAUCCAAUUGUCAGUCCUGAUUGUCUGUAAAAACCCAACUUAGAGACAACAAACCUUAGGAAAGCAUUUUCUAGCUGAACUUGGAAUGAAUGGUUAUGAUCACAGAUGAGUGCGAUUCUUUCUA